UGCCCAGCAGAGCCCGCAUGGCCCUCGCUCCGCCCCGUGCCCCCCGCCCGCUCUGCCGCGGGCACCGAGCCCGGAGCGGGGCCGCGCUCGCCCCCUGUGGCUCCGGAGGCCGGGGCGGCAGCGGCGCGGGGCGCACAUGGCGCUGUACAGCGCGGCGGCCGCGGUGCUGGCGGGGCUGGAGCGCGGCGAGGGCGGCCUCAAGAGCCUCGUUUACAACAGCGGCUUCCCGCAUGUCCGGCAGCUGUACGCGCUGGUGUCCGAGACCCUCCGCUACGCUUCGGUGCUGGAGAAGCUGCUGGAUGGAGCCGCGCUGCUGCAGGCCGAGAAGAAGCUGGCGCCGCAGCUGGCGAAGGUCCUGGUGUAUGACUUGCUCUUCGGCAAGGGGCUGAAGUGCGGGGGCCGGUGGAAGGCGCUGGCCCGGCGCCACCGGCCGCGGCUGGAGGCCGAGCUGGCCCGCAUGAAGGUGCGGCACAGGGUGAGCCGCAACGAGGACCUGCUGGCCCCGGAGGAGGCAGUAAGCACCGGAGCCUCCCAGGUCCCACGCUACGUCCGAGUCAACACCCUGAAGACUUGUGUGGACGAUGUGAUCGACUUCUUCAAGCGCCAGGGAUAUGCCUACCUGGGCAAGGCAGCCAGUGUGGAGGAGCUGAAGACCCUCUCUGGAAAAAAAUUCUUGUUGGAUCUGCAUCUCCCGGAGCUGUUGGUUUUCCCUCCACAGACAGACCUCCAUGACAACCUGCUGUACACUGCAGGACACAUAAUUCUGCAGGACAAGGCCAGCUGCCUCCCUGCCUUCCUCCUUGGCGCUGUUGCCGGCUCACAUGUCAUUGAUGCCUGUGCUGCCCCUGGAAACAAGACGAGCCACCUGGCUGCCAUCCUGAAGAACAAGGGACAGAUCUUUGCCUUUGAUGUGGACCCCAAGCGCGUGGCCACCAUGAACACGCUGCUGACGCGGGCAGGGGUCACUGGCUGCCAGCUGGCCCAGCAGGACUUCCUGACGGUGGAUCCCAGAGACCCCAAAUACAGCAGGGUGACCCACAUCCUUCUUGACCCAUCCUGCAGUGGCUCAGGGAUGGUGACUCGGGGGCCAGGGGAGGAGGCAGCCCCGAGUGCUGAACGCUUGCAGGCACUGGCUGGCUUCCAGCGCCGAGUCCUCAACCAUGCCCUGAGCUUUCCAGCUCUCCAGCGCCUGGUCUACUCCACCUGCUCCCUACACCAGGAGGAGAACGAGGAUGUGGUGCAGGCUGUGCUGCAGGAGUGGGGCUCGGCCUUCAGGCUGGUGACUGCCUUCCCAUCGUGGCCCUGCCGAGGACUCACUGCCUUCUCUGGAGCAGAGAGUUGCCUCCGUGCCUCCCCUGCAGAGACCUUCACCCAUGGCUUCUUCGUGGCUGUGCUGGAGCGGUGCAAGGAAGGGGCUGCUGCCUCCAGCUCCCGGCCUGCAGCAGGCAAGGAGAACCCACAGCUAGGAGAGGGAACGGAGCCAGGAGCAGCUCCCAAGAAGAGGAAGAAGAAAAAGCAGUGGAUGAAAGAGUGAAACAACAUUUUCUAGACAAACCUCUGCACAGCUGGGCUGUGGGGAACUGGCCUGAACACAAGCUGUGUGCCAACUGCAGUCAUAGUGAGAAUUCUGUGACAGCAGGGGCUGAGUGUCAACACUGGGACCACGCUGGUGCCAGAAAGGGGCAACUGCUCACCCAGGGCUGCCCCUUGCAGCCAGUCCCUGCCCCAGGUUUGCCCCCAAGGCAAUCCCCACUCUGCACCUUACAGGGCUGUGGUCCUCCAGAUGGAUUAAGGGUGGUUUAUCAUGUUCUCCUCUCCAAAAUUCCAACCCCUAGCCUGAUGUGGAACUUUGAAAAAGCGUUUCACUGUAGGAAUGAAGCAGAUUAAAAGUUUCUCUCUUCACUGUC